AUUUUGAUUGCAUUAGCGAAACAUCAUUCAUGCUGCUACUUGUUAGCCUAGUUUAGCAACAUUACCAACAUUUCCUUUUUGUGUGCACUCUGAAGUUGCAAGUUACUGCUGAUUGGACCCCAGGUAUUGGUGACAUUUUUUUUUUUAAAAAAUUGGGUGUUUUGAAAGUGAGAAGAAAGGGACUGAUUUCUGCAAAAAAAGGAGUCAGAAGAAAAAUAAAUCUCCAUGGAUACCAUUGGGGUAGGAACGUUGCUUCUUCUGGUCAUAAUCAGCAUUUACAUGUACCUGACAUGGAACCAAAUGUACAGGAAACGUAACCUUCCUCCAGGUCCAACGCCUCUACCGCUGAUCGGAAAUUUGCUGCAUAUAAAGUUUGGUGAAAUGGCAGGAUCGUUAAUGAAGAUGCAGGACCAGUAUGGCCCAGUCUAUACAUUGUACUUUGGCUUGCGGCCUGUGGUUUUCAUUUGUGGAUAUCAGGCAGUAAAGGAAGCCCUUGUUGACCAUGCAGAAGAAUUUGGAGUCCGUGGAAGAGUUCCUACAAUUGACAAAUUUACACAGGGAUAUGGAAUCGCUUUUUCAAAUGAUGAGUGCUGGAAGCAAAUGAGAAAAUUUGCCCUUAAGACCCUGAGGGACUUUGGACUUGGGAAGAAGAGCACAGAGGUGAAGAUUCAGGAGGAGGCGCAGAAUCUGGUGAAGGAAAUCUCAAAAUUAAAUGGGUCACCAGUAAAUCCAUCUACAAUGUUUGUGGAUGCCGUAGCCAAGGUAUUUUUAUCUAUUAUAUUUGGAAACAGCCUUGACUACAAGGACGAGAGAUUCUUAAAGCUAAACAGCUUAGUGGAGGAGACCUUCAGUCUUAUGAGUUCAACUUGGGGACAGUUGGAGGACACCAUUCCUGGGCUAAUGAAAUACAUUCCAGGACCACACCAAAAGAUCUAUAACGUAUCAGAAGAACUGAUUAGCUAUCUACAAGACCGAGUAUCGCUCAACCAGAAAUCACUAGACCCUGAUGUCCCCAGAGAUUUUAUUGAUUGUUUCCUUAUCAAGAUGGAACAGGAAAAAACGAAUCCUAACUCACAGUUCACCAUGAGAAAUCUCUUGCUAUCAGUUCACAGCCUGUUUCUUGGUGCAGGAGAUACUGUGGCUACAACACUGAGACACACGAUGUUAAUCCUAGUGACAUAUCCAGACGUACAAGCUAAACUUCACAAGGAAAUUGACCAGGUGAUCGGAAGAAACAGACUUCCAUUGCUGUCUGACCGGAGCCAGAUGCCUUAUACAGAAGCCGUAAUCAAUGAAGUACAGAGAUUCGCUGAUAUUGCUCCACUAAACGCCACACAUUCAGUUAUGAAAGACACCGAAUUCCAAGGAUAUACCAUUCCCAAGGGCACUGACGUCUACGCGUUGCUCUGUACUGUUCAUCGUGAUCCAAGCCAAUUCUCUACACCGUACAAAUUCAACCCCAGCCACUUCCUAGAUGAGAAUGGUGGAUUCAAGAAGAAUGAUGCUAUGAUGGCUUUUUCUGCAGGAAAGCGGAGAUGUCCCGGAGAAGGACUCGCUAUACUUGAGCUGUUUCUUUUCCUAACCAUUAUCCUACAAAACUUCACCCUGACCUCAGAGAAAAAAUUUACUGAUGACGAUAUUGCCCCAAAAUUAACAGGAUUUUUCAAUCAUCCUAGAUAUUUUGAACUCUCCUUUAUUCCACGAUAAUAUUUUUCUCCUUCUUCAAAAAGUAAUUUGCUAUUCAAAGUAUGAGUAAGGCCACAUACUGCUGAAACAUGUAAGUUGUUUACUACCAGCUGAGAGUAUGGUUUUAUAUCAUCCCUUUUUUGUGCUCUUGUCACUUAAAUAAAGUUUACUGAAUUUUUUACGUUUGGAGGCUUGCUGAAGUUUUUCUACGUUUUUAUUUAAAGUAUCUGCCCAUUAGGUUUAUUGUAGUUGUUGAUGCCCUUGUACUUUAAUACAUGCUGAAUAAUGCAAAUGUUUCCAAAUCAUUUUAUAUUAUAUAGCCUUGUUAAUGCGCUAUUGGUGUGUUUUUUUUCUUUUUAAUGGGUGUUGUUUUUUAGCUUUAUUCUCAAUACAAUUAAAAGGUUCUUAAUGGA